AUGUCGUGGAAUAAGUCUGGCGGCCGGCGCUUGCCGCAACCAAGGGAUCUUCGAUCUCAACAGCCUGAUGUCUCGUUUCCGGCACCUUCUGGGAUACCCACUCCCGGCAUUACUUAUACUGGCCGAGGUCCUCGAUCUCAGAUUGCACGCCCAGUGAACUAUAUGUCCCGGACACCUAGCAAGGGAUCCUCUCUAUCGGACACCGAGGAUGGUGGCCAGAUUACCGCACUCCCACCGACGUCAAAGCAGAUCCCAAACCGUCCAAAUCGCCAAUCGUUGCUGCCGCGCCCCAACGCUGGUCGUUCGUUAUCUUCAACCUCACCGGUGUCUUCUGUCAGCCUUCCAAACCAUAAUGAGCGCAUUCCUACCUCGCUAUCGACGCCGGAGGUCAACAACCCAUUCGCAUCUGUGAUCCGUCCACAGCCCUCUACGCCCAAACGACCUCGCAACGUCCUUCGCAGGAAGGCUGCGACAAUAGGCAAACAUACCGAACAGAGCCAGUCUCAAAAGCUGAGCUUGGUGAUCCCACAAGAUUCCCGGCCGGAGGAAACCGCCCAGUCCAGCUAUACUCCCUUCUCAGAGUCUCAAACGCCAACGCUGUAUCGGCCUGCCUAUCUCCCAGAGCAGAAGAAUGAGGCCAAGAUGGGUGAACAAGGACCGGCCGAGCUUGCUAGCCUUCGAACCACAGUUGAUACGCAGAACCUCCCUCCUGCUCCUACUCCUUUCUUCCCCUCCGCCAGCACUCCCUCGACAAGAUAUUCCGAGUCUCCUGGGAUGUGGAGCCGAACAUCGACCCCGACUACCCUGUCAUCGUAUUCCCCAGGAAUCGUGCAGUCGGCUAAGGCCGGGCGGCUCAGACAACCAAGCCCUUCUCAAACGAGAAUGCCAUUCUUAUCUCCAUCCACUUCUUAUGCCAGCCCGCAAAGCGAUCGGGCAAGCCCUGUCAUACAAAAACCUACCACACCGGCGAACUCUUCCGGACCAAGCCUGAAGUCUGUGUCGACCAAGAUCCGAGGCCCUCCAUGCAGCCCUCCGCCCAGGAAAUCUUCUGUGAAUUUCAGCCCCCCGCAGAAAUCGGAUAUCAAUGUUGAGCAGGCUCGCAGGGAAGUGGAAGAAGCAGAGAAGUCGCUGUACCAGCCCCAAACUGCCACUCCUGCUGUACCACACUCCGCACCAGAGACACCAUUGACCCCUCCAAGACCGAGCAGAGACGGCACCGAUCGGUUGACCCUCCACAGAACACCGGUGAUCCAAAGCAAUCUGCCGUAUGUCAGAUCAACGGGCCAUACCAGGCGCGAAUCGGCUGAGAAGGUCAUGACCGCCGAACAGCUCAAAACUCACCCAACUCCGAACCGCUCGGCCGCUGCCUCGACAGACUCCGUUCAAUCAAGAAGUCUAUCUCGCAUCCCGACUAGGGAGACCGCGCCCCCAGUCCUCUCUCGGAAAUCACAUCGGACAUUGACCAAGGAGCCACCGAAGGAGAAGGCUCCACCCAAGAUGGCUGACACUCCUAAGCGGUUUGGUCUUUUCUCGAAGAGGUCCAAGGCCGAAUUGAACGACAUUGCAUCCGAGCAAUCUAGACCAGCCCGGAAGGGCCCUGCAGCCGGAACGGGUCAUGAAGGAUACGGAAAAUACUCACAGCGUGGCAGAAAGUCAAGCGUCAACAGCAGCGGAACAAGAGCUAGGUCGACAAGCACGACGGCUCGAUCAGUGGCCAGUAGCAAGGGCAGCGCGUCUAGUCACCCGGAGCUGGAUAUUGAUGAUUUCCUGAUGGCCCGCCUGGAGCCUGUUAUCAUCAGUGGGGGAGGCAUGGACGGGGCGGCACUCUCGCGAACGCAGAGUGAGCAGAGCAUGAGCAGUGCUAGCGUUUCUUCCACUUCAAAUAUGCCUCGUCAUACCCCAGUUACAUCCUCUGCUCAGUCCACUGAUUCGUUGCCAACAUCGAUUGGGACUUUCGAAGCGCCCAGUGAAUCGGGCUUGGGUCUCAUCUACUCGCAGGCGAAGAGUUUGGCACGACGUCCAAGUAUUAGUGAUAAUCAAAAACCCGCCGCCGAGCAACCUACGGACUAUGCCCGAGAAGAAGCCAAAGAAGGAAAGAAGAGCAAGACCUCGAGGUGGAACCUGUUCCAGAGAAACCGCGGCAAUGAGCAGAAGAGCUUAGUAUCGACUGUGCCGGCUUCCCAUACCGCCCAGCUGCAUGCUUCAAUCUCGCCGGUGGCGAACACUCGGCCUGUUGCACACUACGCAAUGGUCGAUACGGAUUCAGACGAGCUGGAAGAUAUCAUGAAGAAAAUCGAAGAUUCUCCGCCCACCGAAGAGGAGUAUCUCCAGCAUGUGGCGGUUCCUGCGGGCCUGAACAUCCAGAAGAAGCCAUCCAUUCUUCUCCGGUCUCCACCCAAGCUGCAUGGCGAAUUUCAGAGUGAUUACCACGCGUCCCCGAAGACGGCGAUGUUUAAUCGCAACCUCGUGGGACCCAAUCCCGAUGAAAGCCCUGAAGACAACCGUCCCAGUCGACUGGCGUCUGUGGGCCGAAUCCCGCAGGUGGUUUCUCGCCGUGACAGGUCUCACCGGCCUGCUGUGGACUCUUUUUCGCGGCCUUUCUCUGUUGUUGACCUGCCGAAUCUCAUGGCACCGGUGACGGAGGACUUGCAUAAUUUGCCGCCAGCCAACAUCCCGCCUUCGAACGUAUACUCGGAUAUCCGAUCCAGUCAGCCUUCGGACUGGGGAUACGGGUACACUCAGGCGUUCAGCGGCCCCGAACAAGCUAGCGCUCUGGACUUCCUUGCUGGGCCCUAUUCGAACAAUGAGUUUAUUCAUUUCUCUCCGAGCAGGAGCUCGCCGUCUUCCAGCAGCUCGGGAGCAUUGGCGGCAGUGACAGCAGUGGCUCCGAAGCCUGGAUCGGCACCGACUGAAGAUGAGGUAUGGAACGAGUACGACGACCUGAUUGACUACACCCUGUCUCCCGAAAAGCCGAAACCGAACCCACCGGCCGAAGAGGAGAACAAGUUCGAAUUGGCAACUAAGGCAAGCAAGACGCUUCAAGACGAGUUGAACAGCUCCGAUCAACUUCAAUCUUGCCUGCCAGCCGAGUCUGCUCGAUCGAGCACCAGCUCUGUCCGACUCCGACGGUCUAAGAUCAUGUCGGCGCUGCGUGCGUCAACCAUCGCUCCGUCGUCUCAGCCGUCUUACAGUGAUCUUAUCGCCGGAUACGCCGAACACAGCGACGAGCAUUUGAAUGUUCCCGACAUUUCUAGCCAUAUUGAGCAUAGCCCAUCAUCUGAGCACCUUCACGAGCAGCAGUCAACUUUUCUUCAUUCCCUUGCAGCUGCUCCUCCGCCUGCGCCAGCCCCAUCUGAAGAAGGACGAAAGACCGUGCCCGGAUGUUCAGAGCGAGAUUGGGAUGCCGCGACACGCACCAACAUGCGCUCUGCCUCGUUGAUGACCAGUCGCUGGUUGUCGUUUGGCCGAGUCCUCUUCAGCCCGGCACACAACCACGUCAAAACUGGUACUCAUGGGCGAAUCCUUGUGAUUGACGGUUUGGGCAAUGACGACUGGUCUUUUUACUGCUCCUUGACAUACCCCGAUGCAGAAGUCUACAGUCUGAGCGGUAGGCCGGUCUCCACCGCAAUGCCUCAUCCCGCGGCGUGGCAGCCACCGACCAACCACCACACUGUUUACCACAUGGGGUUGGGGAACCCGCUGCCCUUCCCCAAGGACUACUUCACCGUCGCCGUGUUGCGAUUUCCCGCUGCCUGCUCCGAGGCGAUCCUGAGCAAUAUGGUCCAGGAAUGCAAACGUGUGCUCCGUUCCGGUGGCUACCUCGAGAUGAGCCUGCUAGAUAGGGAUAUGGUGAAUAUGGGAGUGCGCUCCCGCCGAGCCGUUCGUCGACUGAAGGAGAUGACCUGUCUCGCAAAUCCGUCCGUCAGCCUCAAGCCGACCAGCGACAACGUCCAGCGUCUCGUCGGCUGCCAGGGCUUCGACAACCUGCAGCGCUGCAUGGUCCGGAUCCCCGUCGCAGGGAUGGUCGUUCGGUCAUCCGACUCGACCACGUCCUCGUCGAACAAAUCCACCACCCCAUCCACCGCGUUCUCGCUGCCCACCAUUUCCGUGACCACCACUUCGGGCAGCCAGAGCAAAUCCCCAUCAGAAGACGUCAACAUCUCCCUCGGGGAUCUGCUAUCCGAUCCAUCUCCCUCACCUGAAAACGACGAGUCCAUCGCCAAGAUCGUGGCACGCGUUGGCCGUUGGUGGUACACGAAAUGCUACGAGGACCCCGUCCUCCCGGACACGGGUGACGGCGAUCCCAGCAUGUGGAAUGACCACAAGGUCCUGCGCGAGUGCCAGAAGCGCGGUACAGGAUUCCGCAUGAUGAUUGCCUAUGCGCAGAAACCGAGUGAAAAGCGGCGCACGGCGAGCGUCUAG